AUGGAGUCCUGCACAUUGCUGUUAACCAACCAAGCAGACCCCUCUGACCAAGACUCGGAAGGGUACACCCCUGCCCACCUAGCCCGCCACAACGGACACCAGCAGCGCUUCAGAUACCUGCGAUGCAAGGAAAAUCAAGUGGAUGGCCCCGAGGUCUGUUAUGAGAUCCACGGGUUUGGGUUUCACACUUUUCAACAUCCCCGUGCCUGGAGCUGGCAACUCAAUCCCACUAAGGAGCAAGAUUCAGGCAAGACUCUUGAGCUGGAUCCUCAAGAUGAUGCUCCUAUUACUGAAGAUCAGCUAAGCUUUAAUUACUUCUCCAAAGGUGUCUUCAAAGGGGAGGUUAUUUUCCAUUCAGAGCAGAAAGACAACAAGAAGACACUGGUGAAAUUCAUGGACACCUUGAAGCAACCCGAGAGCGAGGAGAUGGUUGCGGCCAGGUACCCUCAGCCUUCUAAGAGUAUCAUACCGCAAAUUGAAAAAGUUCAAACGGCCACGUCCGUCAUUAAAGGUUUACAUAAGACAAAGAGGAUGGUGCCUGACGGCAACAAUCUCCUCGCCGACAGGAAACUCCUCGGGGAUAUGAAACCCAUCGUGUCACUCAAGCAGUCGUCUCUUCCGGGCGUUUUCACCGGACAAGCGAGUAAGGUGGUGGUCUUUCCCACCGGGGAGGCCAACCUGGCGGAAAUGGACUACCUGGUCCCCAGCCAUGACGAAAAGGGCCAACCGAUUGCCGAGUGGAAGCGGCAGGUGAUGGUAAGGCAGCUGCAGGCCCGACUGCUCGAUGAGGAGGACCAGAAGUGGAAGGAGAACGGCCAGAACUUGUCCAAAGUCAGCUGGCGCUACUCGCAGGCCCACAACGCCAUUCUGGGCCCAUCUGGAGAACUCCUGACUGAGCACGACUUGAUCUACCUGGAGCAGCAGAUCGCCAACGUGACUUUGCGCCGUCACACCGGCGAGGGCUACGAGCUGGAGCUGGCGCGGCUAGUGGAGGAGCUGCGCCACAUCCUGCCGGCGCCCAUCGUCAACAUCAGUGCCCAUGCCGGAUUCGCCGACCCAGCUAAACGCCCGGCACUUCUACCUGGCUGGUGCGGCCGUAUCUCUGGUAUUGUCAAGAGCAUGUCGCUCCUCAUGAGCGACCUGGCCGAGCAGCCGCACUGCAAGAUGCCUGACAGCCAGCUGGCCAGCGUCUUCUCGCAACCACCGGACCGGCAGGCAUCCACCAGGGGUCGGCGCCAGAGAAUCGAAGAUGAGAUCCACCGUUUCGGUGUGUCCGUGAGGACGCUCAAGUCCAAUUUUGAGACUCAGAACGAGCCCGAGGACAUGGAAGAGCCCUCGACUCAGGAGUUUGAGGAGAAUGUUCCGGAAGUGGUGGAGAGCACCAGCCUGAGGAAAGAGCGCAUCGUGGUGCUCUUUCUGGGACAUUGGAAGAAGUCAGCCUACGCGGUGACGCUCAAGAGCAAAGACGCCGCCGAGAGAAGGAAGAGUAAUGAUGAAGAAAGCGGUGGCGGUGAAGAGAGCGGCCGGGUCAAGAUGUUGAACAGCUCUCUGGGUCACUUUUUCAAGCAGAGGAGUGCUGUCAAUAAAAUGCUGGGAAACUGGAGAAGGAUGAUCUCCAGCGUGCCUUCGCGACAGAUACGACGGCUCCACAGGCAGCAAGUCAUCUACUCCCCAGAGCAGUUUGUCCCGCGCAUGGGUGGCCUGCCGUUAGAGUACGACGAGCUAACGUUAGACCUCUUCAUGCUGGGCUACUUCCACAUCCUAGAGCUGGACCUCCCAGUGGACGAGCGCAAGAUGAGGCACCUGCUGUGCUUCGAGGUCUUCGACCACGUCGGCAGCUUCCCCUGGGAGCUGGUGCGUGACUUCCACAAGGCAGUCAUCCAGGACAUUGAGGCUGGCGAUCGUGAGUGGAAGGACGGCUUCGAGGACCUGAAGCUCAAGUUUUUCGGUAAGGCGGCCAAUGCGUCCGGGGAUGGUGAGAUGCAACUGGAGGCGGAGCCAAAGGUAGAGGCGGAGAUUCAGGCGGAGAUUCGACCGCUACCCAAAGUCAUUGUGCAGACACCCACGCCAGAUGAAGGGUCACUCUACACCGGGACUGAUAUCUCCAGUUUCAGCAACGAAGAGAUUUGCCAAUACAUUGACCGCAGCUUUGCCUUUUGGAAGGAGAAAGAGGCGGAAAUUUUUGAUUUUGAGUAA